AACAAAUCAUUACGCGAAUCACGGAUGAACGUGAUGAGUCUUGCAUUACCUUCAUCACGCUGGUCGAAGUUUCUAUGUCAAGCCUGAUUGCAGAGACUUGAACCACCAAUUUGUGGAACUUCGAGGUAGACGACCAAUCGACAUGGGUCACCUAAUGAGUCGUUACGUUGGUAUAUCCCCAGUAGGGAGGAAUAUAAAGAUGCAGAACUUUUUGACGAAGAUUUCGUGAACCCAGCAACUUGUCCUGCCUUUCCUUCCAUCAGCAACAAGAGCUCGGUUUUACGGCUACCCAAGACGUCGAUGCGCUCCGCGGUUUGGACCACGAUUGCCUCUGCCGCACUUACCUGCGUGCAAGCCCUCACCCUUGACGAUGUGUGCACACCGUCUUACGUGAGCGCCCACCUGCCGUCAGACGGCUUCUAUGAAUCGAUCACCAUCAACAGCGUCUCGGUGACGGCCAACCCCGUAACUAACGUCUCCGUCUCGGAUCAAACCUUUUAUCCUGACGCCGUGUUCGAUUACUGCAACGUCACUUUCACCUACUCUCACGUUGGCCUGAACGAUACGGUGCUCCUGACCUACUGGCUUCCAGACCCCAAUAAGUUCCAGAACCGUUACCUCUCGACGGGUGGUGGGGGUUAUGCCAUCAACUCCGAUGAUGAAUCUCUCCCCGGCGGUAUCAUCUACGGGGCCGUCGCCGGCAAAACGGACGGCGGGUUUGGGAUUUUCCAGCACAACGCUAUCAGCACGUUCCUUGUGACCAACGGCACCAUGGACUGGCAAAACAUCUUCAUGUUUGGCUACCAAGCCAUCCAUGAACUCGGUGUAGUUGGUAAGGCUUUCACCAAGACUUUCUUCAACAUGACCGAGGAAGCUAAGCUAUACUCAUACUACCAGGGCUGUUCGGAAGGUGGCCGUGAAGGCUGGAGCCAAGUGCAACGCUUCGGUGAUGAGUUCGAUGGUGCGGCUAUUGGAGCACCUGCAUUCCGUUUCGCAUUCCAACAGGUUCAGCACUUGUACUCCAACGUCGUGGAGCAGACAGAGAACUACUAUCCACCACCUUGUGAGCUGCAGAAGAUCUUCAACGAAACCCUCCUGGCUUGUGAUGCUCUUGAUGGCAGGACAGAUGGUGUGGUUUCUCGAACUGACCUCUGCUCCUUCAACUACGAUAUCGAUGCCGUUAUCGGCCUUAACUACUACUGCGCACCCGCGGCUGCAUCCGCGUAUGCUGCCGCCACGCCAGAGCAAAAUGGCACCGUUUCAGCCGAGGGCGUGGCGGUAGCCAAGAAGAUUCUGGAUGGGCUUCACGACACCGACGGCAAACGUGUUUAUUUCUCCUACACGACAAGCUCGUCUUUCAAUGACGCAACAACGGUUUGGAACGAGACGUCCCAGGAGUGGGAGCUUUCCAUCACAUCGCUUGGCGGCUCUUUCCCCGAGGUCUUGUUGAACCUGCAGAACGGCAGCAAUCUUCCCAGUCUCGAUGGGGUCACAUACGACACACUCAGGGACUGGAUCUACGAGGGCUGGAAUCGGUACUCGGAUACGCUCAUGACCAACUGGCCGGAUCUCACACCUUUCAAAAAGGCCGGCGGCAAAGUCAUCCACUUCCAUGGCGAAUCCGACGAUAGUAUACCGACCGCUUCCUCAGUCCGAUACUUUGAGUCCGUUCGACAAGUUAUGUACCCUGGCCAAUCAUACAACGAGAGUGUCGAGGCCCUAAACGAUUGGUACCGGCUCUUUUUGGUUCCCGGUGGUGCUCACUGUUCAGCGAAUUCUGCGGAACCGAAUGGACCUUGGCCCCAGACCACCUUGGCGGUGCUCAUCGACUGGGUGGAGAAUGGCGAUGAGCCUGUCACUUUGAAUGGGACUGUGCUGCAGGGUGAGAAUAAGGGGGAAACCCAGCAGAUUUGCUCGUGGCCGUUGAGGCCUUACUGGUCCGGAAAUGGUACCGAGAUGGAGUGCCAGUAUGAUCAGAAGUCGAUCGAUAGCUGGCAUUAUGACUUAGAUGCAUUCUUCAUGCCCGUAUACUAGUGGAUAGUGUCGGAGGGGGUUUCAUCUUAUCACUGAAGUAUCUUCAGUGUAAUUAAUGAUCACUUCACUCAACUAUACCAUUUAUCCCAAGCUGAAUUUAUUUGGAUCGUUCUGUGAUUAAUAUGACCACGAUCUAGAAUCGCUGGAAACAAUAUCGAUCUCACGUUUCCAUACCCAUGCACCGAUUUGUUCCAACAUCACACGUCUUCCUCUGGCUGAUUCUGGUG